AUGGCCGCCAUCGGCCUGGGUGCGCCCUCGACCACGUCGGCGGGCGCCGGCGCUCCGCCCUGGCACCGCCUCAUCCACCUCCGCCUCCAGGAGCGCGACUCGUUUGAAAAGCAGCACGAUCCCGUCUACCGCAGCUAUGCCAACCUGGCGGCGCACGCUCGCCUGCUCAAGCAGCGCAACCGCUCGCUCCUCACCGCCUCAAACCUCGUCAACGCCCAGACACCUACCAAGGGACAGGCAACGGCCCCGUCCUCUAGCACAUCUCCAUCCGCAGCAGCAGCAGCAGCAGCAGCAGCAGCGGCGUCCUCAUCGACCGCCGCCGCCGCCGCCGCAUCGACCUCGGCGGGCGCAUCCGGCACCAACCCCGUCCACCUCGCCUACAUUUCGUCGCUCGAGGCGCAGCUGACGGCCCACCGCGACGAGAUCGCCACGCUCUACAAGACCCAGGGCCAGAAUGCCCAGAGGCUGCUCCUGAUGAACGAGAGCCUGAGAGAGCGCGAAGACGAGAGCCGCAGGCAGGCCGACGAAAUCGCCCGCCUCACAAACGAGCACGACCGGCUCAAACGCUCCGCAGACGACCUCGCAAACGCCGUCGGCGAAAAGGAGAGGGGCAUCCAGAUCCUGCAAGAUGAAAUGGUCGCCCUCUCGCUGGAGCUGUCGCAGAUCGAGUCGCGCAACGAGGACCUCAAGAGGGACAAUGCCAGCCUGCUCCAGCGCUGGCUCGACAAGAUGAACGAGGAGGCGGAAAAGAUGAACGAGGGCACCCAGUGGCUCGAAGAGGUGCGCAGGCGAAAGCAGCAGGGACUGCAGUCCAAGCCGUCGCUGUCGUCGUCCCAGCACGACGGCGGCGACGGCGACGGCGACGGAGUGCAGCAGGGCAAGACGACCACGACGACCCCGGUGGCGGCGGAGGCCGAGGGCGGCGAUCGCGCGGAGCCCAAGCAGGAUGCUUGA